AUGGCCAAGAAAUCCAAAAGCCGUUCCUUUUCAGCUGCUGCGACCAACACCCGCCAUGACCCGUCAAGUAAGCCAAGCAAUAACAAGGCAGAAUAUCUCUUGCAAGGCCUACCCGACGCCGAACGACGUCAUUUGGAACGUUGCACGUUGGAUGCUUGUGCUAUUAAUAAUAAUAAUGCCAACAAGAGUGAUCGCGACUCUCUGGUGAAACAAGCCGUGUCCAUUUUGGAACAAGAGCAUUGUCUGGUGCUCCACAAUUGUUUGUCUUGCAACGAAAUUCAAGUACUGCAGGAGACGUACGGCGCCCUACGAGAACACGGACAAACGGCCAUUGGCGAAAAGGAUCCCACGAGACGGAGUGGUACUCGGCUCUACAAUUGCUUGUGUCAACUCGGUCCAGCAUGUGACUUUUAUGACUGGAAACCUGGAGCCGAACAAGCCAGAGCCUGUUUGAAUCCGAAGGCGUCAUCUACAUGUAGUGACUCUUCUUAUUAUGACUACCAGUAUUACCAACAACAACAACAACAACCCACCAAGAAGAAACCCCUGUGGAAGGAAAUUACGGAUCAUUUUCAUUUUACCCACAUUGCUCGCGUGGAAGUGGUGACCAGUCAUGUCGGGUGUCGUGCCCAAGGAUGGCACAUUGAUGGCGUUCAUGGGUUGACUGUCAUUAUGCCCUUGACAGAUGUGGGAGUCCGACAGGGUCCCACCGAAUUGGAUUUCAGCAUUGAUUUUGUCGGUCUUUGGGAAGGAGAUCCCAAAGUACGCAAUGCCGCUGACGCUGCCAAGCAAAUGCGAGCCGUCAUGCCGGCCGGAUCCGUCCUCCUCUUUAAUGCCAAUGUCAGUCAUCGAGGAUCCGCCAAUAUUGGACGGGUGGAUCGACCCAUUUGUGUCCUCGAUUGCAGUCUCGAAUCCACCUGUUUGGCAAAGGGAGGACCCAGAGAUGUUUGGUCGGUAUAA